UUUAACGGUGUCGGUGUGCCCUGAGCGGUGGUGUCUCCGUUAAGACGGCAGGGCGACAGGAUUUGCCGUCUCGAACAGCAGGUGUUGACCGGUUAUUUAGACCGGAUCUUUUAUUCCUCUUCGUGACGAAAACAACGCCGUAGCGACCCCUGCAAAUGCCAGAAUGAGCUCGGGUGGCCCGGGCAGCGACACCGAGGAGUCUCAAGACAGGCCCUAUAGUCGAGCCUCUGAGCGAGACGAACCGGAGGAGGAAGAGUCUGAAGAUGAAGAAGAAGAGGAGGAAGAGGAUGAUAACGUAGAGCAAGCUUGUGGGAGCAACAGCGGGAAUGCUCAAAACCAGAGUAGCUCGGGACAUGAGCACGGGGAGCGCACGCCUGCCUCGGGCGUGUGUGACUCUAUCUUCUCGUGGAUCUGGAAGCGGAGUAUCCGCCGGGGCCCAUACGUUGACCCAUCCAGGGAUAAUUUUCGUACCAUGACGAGUCUGUACGGAUCAAUGAACCCUGCGAGCGAUUCAGUGAACCUGAACACACAGACUCACGGUGCAGUCUUUAAUCUGGAGUAUUCACCAGACGGGUCGGUGCUGACGGUGGCUUGUGAACAGACGGAGGUGUUGCUCUUUGAUCCGGUGUCCUCUAAGCAUAUCAAAACUCUGGUAGAGGCUCACGAGGACUGCGUCAACAACAUCAGGUUUCUGGAUAACCGGUUGUUUGCCACAUGCUCGGAUGACACCACGAUUGCUCUCUGGGACCUACGAAACUUGAGUGGGAAGGUUUGUUCGCUGCACGGCCACGCCAGCUGGGUGAAGAACAUCGAGUACGACACACACACGCGUCUGCUCGUCACCUCCGGCUUUGAUGGCAAUGUCAUCACCUGGGACACCAAUAGGUUUACGGAGGAUGGAUGUCCCCAUAAAAAGUUCUUCCACACACGUUAUCUGAUGCGAAUGCGUCUGACGCCGGACUGCAGCCGCAUGCUCAUCAGCACCUCCUCUGGCUACCUGCUGAUACUGCACGACCUGGACCUCACCCAGAGCCUGGAGGUUGGCAGCUACCGCAUCCUACGAGCCCGCCGCACCCCGCUCACCACAGAUGGGUCUCCAUCUAGUUCACGGUCAGUUGGUGGUCCUCGCCAUGGAAACGACUCUAGCAAACUCCACCCCCAUAGAGAAGGUAUGUCUCCCAGGAACAGUCUGGAGGUGCUGACUCCUGAGGUUCCUGGAGAGAGGGAAAGGGGCAACUGCAUCACCUCCCUACAGCUGCAUCCCAAGGGCUGGGCCACACUACUGCGCUGCUCCAGCAAUACAGAUGACCAGGAGUGGACGUGUGUGUACGAGUUCCAGGAGGAGCAGCCCCAGCGCCACUCGGUGCUGCCGCGCUGUUCGCUGCGCCUCACGCACUACAUCGAGGAGGCCAACGUGGGCCGCGGCUACAUCAAGGAGCUGUGCUUCAGCCCGGACGGCCGGCUCAUCUGCUCGCCGUACGGCUACGGCGUGCGGCUGCUGGCCUUCGACGGCCGCUGCGGCGAGCUGACCGACUGCCUGCCGACGCGCACGGCGCUGCUGCGCGAGGUGCGCUCGGUCUACUCGCACAGCGACGUGGUGCUCACCUCCAAGUUCUCGCCCACGCACUGCCAGCUGGCCUCGGGAUGCCUGAGCGGGCGCGUGGCCCUCUACCAGCCGCACUUCUGAACUGGACCAG